AUGCCAACCGUCAACGAUGCCCCACCUCAGCCUGUAAUGCCAACCGUCAACGAUGCCCCACCUCAGCCUGUAAUGCCAACCUACAACGUUGCCCCACCUCAGCCUGUAAUGCCAACCGUCAACGAUGCCCCACCUCAGCCUGUAAUGCCAACCUACAAGGGUGCCCCACCACAGCCUGUAAUGCCAACCUUCAACGUUGCCCCACCUCAGCCUGUUAUGCCAACCGUCAACGAUGCCCCACCUCAGCCUGUAAUGCCAACCUACAAGGGUGCCCCACCACAGCCUGUAAUGCCAACCUUCAACGUUGCCCCACCUCAGCCUGUAAUGCCAACCAACAACACUGCCCCACCACAGCCUGUCAUUCCAACCUACAACGGUGCCCCACCACAGCCUGUAAUGCCAACCUACAACGUUGCCCGACCUCAGCCUCUAAUGCCAACCUACAACGAUGCCCCACCACAGUCUCCGAUAAUGAUGGUGACGCGAAACACCAGCAGCUCCCCUUUACAGACUGAGAGCUACAACUAUGAAGGUCCUCUGCCUCCCCUUGCUGUGCCAGUUCGCUUCGCUUUAGACAUGCUAAAUGAGAUGGAGGAGCAAGUUGGGUAUGAAGACAUCGAGGCCAGUAAUGGGAAUCCUGAGCAAGGAGUGUCUCACCCAUGUUCUUGUUGUAGAAAGGUUGACUCCCUUCAGGUCACUGUGCAAGAACUUCAAUUACAGGUGAAGUCACUUGAGAGACUGGUUGAGAGGUCGCAAAGCACAGCCCCAAGGGUCCAGACCCCGACCAGACCAAUCCCAGUACGACAACACCUUCAGGCCAUUCAAGAUGGCAACCUUUCAACAGAGGAGAAGAUUAAGGCAGCCAUCCAACAUGAACCAAGGGAAGCAAAAGCCCUUCAGAGAGCCAUGCGGGCCAUCUUUUCACCUCAACAGCUCGUCUCUUGUUCUAUGAAGGGGGCCUUCACUUGCAGACAUGGGGCGCCAAGACCUGGGCUACCACAUGAAGACACUGCUAUCAUUAUUGAACAAGUCAGCCAGAAAUAUGGAACCUCUAUCCCAGAAGUAGAAAAGAAAUUUAGCACAUCUGACUCAGUCGCCAGUUAUGGCACAGAGGAGAUCAAACCACUGGCAACCCUGCACUUUGUGAGGUACAUCUCACAAGUGAAAGAAGUAAUAAUGGCAUUCAUGCUGUACAAAAGGUUGGUUAAAGGCAGUUACAUGUACAGUACCUUCAGUGUUAUGCAGGUGACAACUAUACUGAUGAAAUCUGGAGAUCUUCUGAACAUGACUGCAAUAUUGAAAUGUUGCAUUGUGAUUCCUAUGCCCAGUGUGCAGUGUGAAAGGGGUUUCAGCACCCAGAAUAGGAUUAAAUCCAAUUACAGAACAAGCAUGAAGGAAUCAACACUGGAUGACCAGAAUGAUGUGUUGUCUUUACAUAAAUAA